ACAGAAUCUCAGCCGAUGCUUUUUAUAUAUUAAAAAAGUAGAUUUCAGCAGAUUUGAUUUUCAAGACUCGGUUUUUUCCUUACACAUUUCAAAUUUUCUUUUAUUAUUAUUCACAUAUAUACAUACACAUACAUACAUAUAUUUAUAUAUAUAUAUAUAUAAGUGGGAAGAAAAAGGCGUGUGGUAUCAUAUCAUAUAUAUUUUGACACAGACAGAUUGACCACUAUAUUUGCAUUUUCUCACAAUACAUUUUCCUCCGCCAUUUAUAUAUGUGUGCUUGAGUUUUUUUUUUUUUUUUUUUUUUUUUUUCUAAAGCUGCUGUAAUAAAUUAAAUUAGAGAUUUUCUUGAUCUGGGUUGUUGAUAUUUUAAUAAAAAAAUGUCGAAAAAUGGAGUCUUUUCGAGAUUAAGGAGAUUGGAAAAAGUUGAAGGGGUGGAUGAAUAUGAAUAUGCAAACCCUAGCUGUGAUUCUGAUGAAGUUCAUGUUCUUGCUGUUGAUGAUAGCCUUGUUGACCGAAAAGUCAUUGAGAAGUUGCUCAAAAUCACUUCCUGCAAAGUGACUGCAGUUGAUAGUGGGAGGAGGGCUUUACAAUUUCUAGGGUUGGAUGAGGAGGAAACAGCCUCUGUUGGCUUUGAUGAUUUAAAGGUAGAUCUGAUAAUUACAGAUUAUUGCAUGCCUGGAAUGACUGGCUAUGAGUUGCUUAAGAAAAUCAAGGGGUCGUCUAUUUUUAGAGAAAUACCGGUUGUGAUUAUGUCGUCCGAAAACGUUUUGGCUAGGAUUGACAGUUGUUUGGAGGAAGGUGCCGAAGAUUUCAUAGUAAAGCCCGUAAAACUGGCGGAUGUCAAACGGUUGAAGAGAUGUAUGUUUGGCGAAGGCCGAAUCCCGAAACAAGAAAGAGCGUUCAACAAGAGAAAAUUACAACAAGACAGUCCCGAAAUUACGAACGCGCCAUCCCUUGACGAAAACGCCCUCUCAAGUCCAUCCCAUUCCUCCACUUCGUCGCCGUGUUCUCCAAGGUCAUUUUCGUCUUUACCAUCAACACCGUGUUCGCCUACUUCUCUCGACUCGCCUACUAGGCGCGUCAAAGUGAGCGACGAUAGUUGAAGUAUCCAUAUUAAAAAAAAAAAAAAAAAAAAAAAGAGAGUAGGAUUAUUAUUAUUAUUAUUAUUAUUAUUAUUUCCUUUUUUUUCUUUGGCUUGUCAAUUUUGUUCUUUUUGUUUUUCUUUUUACUCCUAUUGAUUAGAAAAGAAUGUCAAUACAAAAGUUUAAAGAAUUUAUUACACCCCAAAAAAAACCUUGUUAAGAAAGAAAUUUGGUGGGAAAAGAUAUUGUUAUUAAAUAUUAAGUAGAAAAUCUUUGAUGACAGAUGAUAGUGUGGGUUGGAAUUGAAUAAAAUUAGGAUUUAGAUUGA